UACAGACAAGAGCAACUGGUCACAAUGAGUGGAAAGGCUAGCAGAUCUGUGGGAAUCAUAGGAGCUCCCUUCUCUAAGGGCCAGCCAAGGGGUGGUGUGGAAGAAGGCCCAAAAUACCUAAGAGCAGCUGGGUUAAACAAGAAAUUGAAAGAGCUUGCCUAUGAUGUCAAAGAUUAUGGUGAUCUGAAUUUUGUGGACAUACCUAAUGACCAACCAUUUGAAAAUGUGAAAAACCCUCUCACGGUUGGGAAUGCCACAGAAAAACUUGCCAAUGCAGUUGCAGACAUAAAGAAGAGCGGUAGGGUUUGUCUGACCCUUGGCGGAGAUCACAGCUUGGCACUUGGAACAAUUGCAGGUCAUGCGAAGGUUCACCCUAAUCUUUGUGUAGUUUGGGUGGAUGCCCAUACUGAUAUCAACACUCCAUUAACAUCGCCCAGUGGCAACCUGCAUGGGCAACCUGUGGCAUUCCUUCUAAAAGAACUAAAAGAAAAGAUGCCCAAUGUUCCUGGAUUCUCUUGGGUGAAACCAUGCCUGUCAGCUAAAGACAUAGUAUACAUUGGACUAAGAGAUGUAGAUCCUGGAGAACAUUACAUUCUCAAGCAUUAUGGUAUAAAAUACUAUUCAAUGACAGAAGUGGAUAAACUUUCAAUUAAGAAAGUGAUGGAAGAGACACUGGAAUAUUUGGUGGGAAAGGAGAAGAGACCCAUCCAUUUGAGUUUUGACAUUGAUGGCCUGGAUCCAAGUAUUGCACCAGCCACCGGAACACCUGUAGCUGGGGGUUUAACCUACAGAGAAGGCAUGUAUAUCACAGAGGAGCUAUUCCAUACAGGAUUGCUUUCUGCUGUAGAUAUGAUGGAAGUUAAUCCAUCGCGUGGAGAAACAGAGAAAGAAGCCCAGUGUACAGUUAACACCGCCAUCAACAUGAUCUUGUCCACCUUUGGGAAAUCGCGGGAAGGAUUUCAUGCACCAACAUAUAUUUUUCCAGAUCCCCCAUGCACAAAAACACCAAAAAAUUAGUAGUCAAAACUAAAUAAAAUUUCCGUUUUCUGUAAACAUGACUAUUUUGAUAGCAAUAUUUGGACUUUUAAAGUCGUACAUCAAAAUGUUAACAGAAUUAGAUUCAGAUAUUUAAUUUUCAGAAGUGGGUCUGAAAUUUUUAACCUGCUCUUGUCAUUUACAUUCUGCUACUCAUCAAAUGAUUCUGUUUCAAAGAAGAAAAAAAUCUAAUCUUUAUCUAUUUGAACAUGUAGAAGGUGGCAUGAAAGAUAUUUGUUGCAAAAAUCUUAUAUAAUAAAAAUAUUUAUACUUUCAAAUAAGAAUGAAUCAAUGCAGAAUAUGAAAACGGUGCAUAUAUUCUCUAUUCCCUACUCUCUGUUCACUAAACUUUGAGUUUAAUCAAAGGGAAUAUAAUGCAAGGAAUAGAAGUUGUAUUUCUAGCACUAUAGCUCCCUCGCACCCCCCUCCCUUUGCACCCCCGUCUGCACUAUAAGGGUUAGUAAACCCUCACUAUACUUACCCGAUUGCUGUGCCGAUCUCCCUCGGUGCUGUUUUGGCGCCCUCCCAACCCCACCCCCGUCAUCACCCGACAGGGGACACUAAUACGCAUGCGCGGAUGCCUAUAGUGUCCUUUAAAGGACCAUGUGAUUGAAUAUCUGAGCUGAGCUAAUUCACCAUUGCUAGGCUUCUGAAUGGAGUAUUUCUUAGCCAAUUGAAUACCCUAAAAAUGACAGAAAGAAUCAUACGUAUGUUUUGAUUCAUACAGUCAUGGAUUUGUUGACUAUACCUUUACUGUAAUAGCCCCUUAAAUACAAUGUAACAAUGUAACAAUGUAGACAGCAGAUUUUGAAUCUUGUAUAUAUUUGUAAAUGUUAAAAUUAACUCAACCUGUCACCUUUUCCUCUGCAUAUAUCAAAGAAGGACUAAAAAUAAAUCAGUGUGUCUAACAAGUUGCCUACUCUAUAUCAUUUCAGUUUUUGAGAUAUAUAUUCUUAAAGGGACACUAUAGUCACCUGAACAACUUUAGCUUAAUGAAGCAGUUUUGGUGUAUAGAACAUGCCCUUGCAGCCUUACUGCUCAAUCCUCUGCCAUUUAGGAGUUAAAUCCCUUUGUUUAUGAACCCUAGUCACACCUCCCUGCAUGUGACUUGCACAGCCUUCCAUAAACACUUCCUGUAAAGAGAGCCCUAUUUAGGCUUUCUAUAUUACAAGUUCUGUUUAAUAAGGAUUUUCUUAUCCCCUGCUAUGUGAAUAGCUUGCUAGACCCUGCAAGAGCCUCCUGUAUGUGAUUAAAGUUUAA